AUGUCACCACAUGUAGACCUUUCAUAUCAUAAACGGGUUUGGUGGAAAGAAGCAACAUUCUACCAGAUCUAUCCCGCGUCAUUCAAGGAUAGCAAUGGGGAUGGCUGGGGAGAUGUUCCUGGUAUACUCGAAAAAAUCAACUAUAUCGCAUCUCUCGGUGUCGAUGUAGUGUGGCUGUCGCCCAUGUUUGACUCCCCUCAGAUCGACAUGGGCUACGAUGUUUCUGAUUAUGAAGGCGUAUAUGCACCAUACGGCACAGUGCAAGAUGUCGAGAAGCUCAUCAAAGCUUGCCAUGAAAAUCAUAUGAAGAUCAUUCUUGACCUGGUCGUGAAUCACACUAGCGAUCAGCACGCCUGGUUCAAGGAAAGUCGAAGUUCAAAAACCAAUCCAAAAAGAAACUGGUAUUUCUGGCAACCUGCGCGGUACGAUGAGCAAGGGAAUCGCAUGCCGCCUACCAACUACCGUUCAUACUUCGCCGGCGGAACCUGGACUUGGGAUGAGCACACAGAAGAAUACUAUCUCCACCUCUAUGACAAAUCCCAACCAGACCUGAACUGGGAAAACGAAGACUGUAGGAAAGCAAUUUACGACUCGGCAAUGCGCUUCUGGCUCGACAAAGGCAUCGAUGGGUUCCGAGUAGACACGGUAAACAAGUACUCCAAAGUCUUUCCCUUCGCCGAUGCACCCGUCACGGAUCCUACCAGUGACAUCCAACCUGCCGCUCAAAUGUGGUGCAAUGGGCCUCGGAUUCACGAGUUCAUCAAGGAGAUUAAUUACAACGUCCUUUCCCAUUACAGGACCUAUGACGGCCAGCCCGUCGUAACAGUAGGUGAACUGUCCAUGUGUCCAGACCCUGAGUCAGUUAUCCCGUACGUUAGCGCAGCGCAAAAGGAGCUAGAUAUGGUUUUCCAGUUUGACAUUACACAUCUAGGCCAAGGUCCUCCAGGCUGCAACGACAAGUACGAUUUUGCUAAGUGGGAACUACCGGAUAUGAAGCGCAUAGUAGAGAAGUGGCAGUGCUUCAUUGAGGGAACCGACGCAUGGACGACCGUCUUUAACGAGAAUCACGACAAUGGCCGGAGUAUAUCGCGUUUCGCCAAUGAUGCUCCAGAGUGGCGGGAGAAGAGUGGCAAGCUACUUGCUUUGUGGUUGAUCGGUCAGACUGGGUCACUAUUCCUCUAUCAAGGCCAAGAAAUCGGCAUGAUUAACGCUCCGGCUUCUUGGGAUGUGAGCGAAGAGUACAAGGAUGUCGAAAGUCAGAAUUACUGGGCUGAAGCCGUGAGGUUAGCAGAUAACGGUACAGAUCCUACGCGUAAAGAGAGGAUUAAGCGUGGGUUGCAGCUCAUGGCUAGAGAUCAUGCGAGAUUACCUUUCCAGUGGGACGAAAGCGUAAAUAGUGGGUUUUCAACGGGUGAGCCGUGGAUGAGGGUGCAUGACGAGUAUCCUGCCAUCAAUGCUGCAGCGCAAGAGAAGGGUGCGGACAGUGUGCUUUCGUUUUACAAGCGCGCGCUCAGAUUGAGGAAAGAACACAAAGACGUUUUUGUAUAUGGGUCGUUCGAACUGGUGGAUACAGAGGGGACGGAGAUGUUUAUCUACAAGAAGAGGUUUGAGGAGAAGACAGCGCUUGUGGUGCUCAACUUCACAACGAAAGGACAGCGAAUAGAGUACGAUUUCGAGGGCUUGAGGCUGCUUGUGAGCUCGUACGGGAAGGCGAUGGACUCUGUGCUGCGACCGCUUGAGGGCAGGAUCUACAUCGACUACUGA